CUUGCUGGGCGUGUCCGGCUUCUGAAAGGAUCUCCACAGAAAACCAGAACAAAGCUUUUGAUGGGCAGCCAGGCCAAGCCCCGCCCCCCGGAACCCUGGGACCAGCGUCCGUGUUUCCCCCGAGCCCGCCGCCGGAAGGACAGGCCCACUUCCGGUGCCGCGGUUUUACCUCAGAAAGCUUUGGAACUGCUCGCGGCGUUGGCGGGAAAGGCUUCGCCGGAGCGGCACAAAAAGGCCGGCGUGGCUUUGCGUGGGUUUCCACGGCUUCAAUCCGCGUGGCGAAUCGGUGGGAGGACCCUGUUGCCUCAGGAUGGCAAAAAGUAAAGCUAAAGGAUCACAGACCCCGUCGGACAAAACUACCCCGAAGGCUGAGAGCCAUAAAAGAAACCUCAAGAAGAAGAAGAAAAUACUAUUUUGGAAGAAGAAAAUGAAAGGAGCGGAGAAGAAAGCGCAGAAGGAUCCUGAGAAAGCGGCAGAGUUGCCUCCGAAAACGGCAGAGGAGGUUUCCGCCAAUUGGAAGGCCUUGCAGGAGCUUCUCAAGCGGAAGGACCCCCCUGACCCUUCCUCCAAGAAGAAGCCGGGAGCGGCGCCAACCCCGAAGCAGGAGAAGGAUGUGGGAAAAAAGGGGGCAAGUGGCGCUUCUGUGAAACCGGGACCGGACAAAUCCAGAGGCAAGAAGGCGAGGAAGAGGCCGGCCUUGGACCCCGAGGGCGGCAGGAGGAGCGGCCGGCGACGGGCCCCGGAGGUGCACCAAGGGCCGGACCCCAAAGGGCCCCCCGAGCCCCAGCCAGCAGACAUCUGGUUCGACGACGUCGAUCCGGACGACAUCGAGGCCGCCUUGGGUCCGGAAGCGGGCAGAGCGGCCCGGAAGAACCUGGGCAUCCGGGAGGAGGAGGAGGAGGAGGCCCGGCUGGAGAAGGAAGGAGCCUUCCGGGGCCUGACCAAAGUGGUGGCCCUGGACUGCGAGAUGGUGGGCACGGGCCCCGGCGGGGAGGACAGCGUGGCCGCCCGGGUCUCCCUGGUCAACCGCUUCGGCCACUGCGUCUACGACAAGUUCAUCCGGCCAAAGGAGAGAGUGACCGACUUCCGGACAAAGAUCAGCGGCAUCCGGCCAGAGCACCUCAAGGCAGGGGAGGAGUUCAGGGUGGUGCAGGCGGAGGUGGCCGGCAUCCUGAAGGGCCGGAUCCUGGUCGGCCACGCCGUGCACAACGACCUCAAGAUCCUGUUCCUCGACCACCCGAAAAAGAACACCCGGGACACCCAGAAGUACAAGCCCUUCCGGGAGCAGGUCAAGAGCGGGAGGCCUUCCCUGAAGCUGCUGUGCGAGAAGCUGCUGAACGUGAGAGUCCAGGCCUCGCAACACAGUUCGGUGCAAGAUGCGCAGGCGGCCAUGAGGCUGUACGUGAUGGCGAAGCGGGAGUGGGAAAAGAAGCCGCAGAAGCCGAAGCAGGAAAAAACCACACUUUAAUAACCAUGCUUGUAAACCCCUAAACUUCAUAAAUAAACGCCCCUCUGCGACGGAAAA